AUGAACGAAGACGACGUAGUAGGGGAUAGCGAAUACUCAAACGAGUUUUCGGAUGGAGAUGGUUCAAAUGAAUUUAAAUCUGACAAUGAAAAUGAAAAACAAAGUAAUAAAAGUGUGGAGGAAAAUAAUAGUUCAGAAGACGUAUAUAAUAACGAAAAAAAUGAGAUAAAGGGAGAAAAAAUAUUUUUUAAUAUGAAAAAAGAGACAAUAAAUAUAAAUAACAAACAUAUAUGUAAUACUAAAAUAAUGAAUAAUGGUAAUAGUCUAAUUAUAUCAGGUAAUGAUCAUAAUGUAAGAAUAUACGAAUUUAAAAAUAUGAAUAAAUAUGAAAAAAAUUAUACAAAACUUAUAAAUUUAUCAGAAAAUUCUAUUGUUAAUAGUUUGGAUAUAAAUAAUAAUUUCAUUCUUUUGGGAUAUGGAUAUAAAUGUUAUGUUUAUAAUAUGAAAUGUGAAUUAAUUAAAAAUACAAUUCGAGGUGAUAUGUAUAUUACAGAUGUUAAUAAAACAAAAGGGCAUAUGAGACAAAUAAAUUGUUGUAAAUUUCACCCUAAUAAUAAUAAUAUAUUUAUAAGUGGUUCGUUAGAUAGUACACUAAGAAUAUGGGAUUUAAAAAAUGAAAAAAAUACUUAUGGUAUCGAUAAUGAAUUAGUACAUAAUCAAUGUUUAAAAAUUUUGAAUGAAAAAAAUAUUAUGAAUAAUAAUGUAUUGUGUUGUGAUUUUAGUAAAGAUGGUAAUACAAUAUUAAUAGGAUGUGAAAAUGGCCAAUUAGAUAUCCGAAAUAAAAUAUCUAAUGAUUACAUGUAUAGUUAUAGAUCAGAUUAUAAUAUGAGUAGUGGUAAUAAAAAAGGGUUAUGCCAUAAAAAUUCUAUAAUUGAUAUAUUAACUUCGAAAAAAAUGGAUUAUUAUUUUUUUACUAGAAGUUUAGAUGAAACAAUCAAAUAUUGGGAUCGAAGAAAUUUACAAACCCCAAUUAAUACAAUAGAAAAUGUGGAUACAUUUAUUUCGAAAAGUAACAUGUCCUUUUAUGGGCCUGGAGAAAAAUAUUUAGUAAUUGGAACACAAAGGAAAAAAGCAGAAAACAAAAUAAAAAAUAGAAAUAAUAAUGAUAAAAUAGUAGGAUCAAGGAAGGCAAGAUCCGAUAUCAAUGAAGAAGAUACAUGGGUAAAUGAAGACAAAGAAAAUAUAAUUAAUUUUGAAAAUAUGGUAGAUUUAGAGGAACAUGAAAACAAAGAAGCUGAAAUAAAGGCCAAAAUGAAAAAGUAUACUAUGGACAAUUAUAUAAAAGUGUACAAAGGAGAAGAUGAUAUUAACAAAUAUCUUAAUGAGAUGGCUUCAUGUGAUAAUAAAAUAAAUAAAAGUAUCGAAGGUGCAUUAAAAAUAUAUGAUAUAUCAAGUUGUAAUUUUAAUAUGGUUUAUAGUGAAAUAUAUGAGGAUUGUGGAAUUAUAUCUACAUGCUAUAAUGAAACAAUAAAACAACUAUUUUUAGGUACCACUAAUGGUAAUUGUAUAAUCUAUUAUGAUAAUAAUUCUCAAAAUGGAGUUUUACAAUAUAUUAACAAAGAGGCAAAUGUAACAAAAAGUGUAGAUAAUUCAUUUUAUGUGAAUACAGAAAAUAUAUUUAAUAUGGAUAAUAUACCUGAGGAUAUACAUAUUACUGAAUCGGGAAAAGUUAUAAUUAAGAAAAAAAAUAAAAGAGUAAAAAUGAAUCCAACAAUUGGUUUGCAUACUUCAAAUGCAUAUGAAAAGAAAAGACACAUCGAUCCAUAUUCUAAAUAUAUUGUAAAUACAAAAGAUGGAAAAAAUACUUAUGAAGAUAUAGAUAAUGAAAUUAAAAACACAGAUGAAAAGGAAGAUGAUAUUGUUGACAUAUUAAGAAAAAGAGAGUUAAAUAAAAAAGAAAAUGACUAUUUUUUAAAAGCUUACCAAUAUACUCAACCCAAUAAAAUAAUUGAUUACUCCUCAGGAGAUGAACAAGAAUACUCAAAAUUUUUGACUAUGCCAAAAUGUCCACAAUGUGGAAUCAAAAAUUGUGUUUGUGGGUAUAUGAAAGGUAAAGGAAAAAAGUGA